AUGUCUUCUGGUGUAUUGGUUAAUGCUGAAUGCCAAAAUAUUUUUCAACAGCUAUCAGAAGGAAAGCAUAAAUUAAGAUAUAUUAUAUAUAAAAUUGAAGAUAAGGAAGUUGUUGUCGAAGCAGCUGUCAGCCAUGAUCAAAUUGGUUGUACGAAUGAUGAUUAUGAAGAGAAUUCAAAAACCGCCUAUGAAGCAUUCGUGAAGGAUUUGAAAGAAAGAACAAAUGGUUUCACUGAUUGUCGUUAUGCAGUUUUCGAUUUCAAAUUUUCAUGUAAUCGUCCGGGUGCUGGCACAUCGAAAAUGGAUAAAAUUGUUUUUAUUCAAUUAUGUCCUGAUGGUGCACCAAUAAAAAAGAAAAUGGUCUACGCUUCAUCUGCAUCCGCAAUCAAAGCUUCAUUAGGCACAGCGAAAAUUCUGCAAUUCCAAGUCUCAGACGAAUCAGAAAUCGCACAUCGAGAACUUCUAAAUAAACUUAGUGAAAAAUAUCGCGAUAAUUAA